GGGGAGGGCGGCUGAGAGACUUGAGAGGAGCUGGGCCGGAGGCCGUCGCUGCCACCAUGCAGGAAAUCAUCGCCAGCGUGGACCACAUCAAGUUCGACUUGGAGAUCGCCGUGGAGCAGCAGCUCGGGGCGCAGCCGCUGCCCUUCCCCGGCAUGGACAAGUCGGGGGCUGCUGUCUGUGAAUUCUUUCUGAAAGCUGCGUGUGGCAAAGGGGGCAUGUGCCCGUUCCGUCACAUCAGCGGCGAGAAGACAGUGGUGUGCAAGCACUGGCUGAGAGGGCUGUGCAAGAAAGGGGACCAGUGCGAGUUCUUGCACGAGUACGACAUGACCAAGAUGCCUGAGUGCUACUUUUACUCCAAGUUCGGGGAGUGCAGCAACAAGGAGUGCCCGUUCCUGCACAUCGACCCCGAGUCCAAGAUCAAGGACUGCCCUUGGUAUGACCGCGGCUUCUGUAAGCACGGUCCCCUGUGCAGGCAUCGGCACACUCGGAGAGUCAUUUGUGUGAAUUACCUUGUUGGAUUCUGCCCUGAGGGACCCUCAUGUAAAUUCAUGCACCCUCGAUUUGAACUGCCCAUGGGAACCACUGAGCAACCCCCAUUGCCGCAGCAGACGCAGCCUCCAACAAAGCAAAGUAACAAUCCGCCAUUACAAAGGUCGUCCUCCUUGAUCCAGUUAACGAGUCAGAACUCUUCUCCCAAUCAGCAGAGAGCCCCGCAGGUCAUUGGGGUCAUGCAGAGUCAAAACAGCAGUGCAGGCAACCGUGGACCCCGGCCGCUGGAGCAAGUCACUUGCUACAAGUGUGGUGAAAAAGGACACUACGCUAACAGAUGUACCAAAGGGCAUUUGGCCUUUCUCAGUGGACAGUGACAGCAGCUGGAAACAGUGUGGAGCACCAAGGGCCCUGCUGUUGGGAGCAUGCACUUAGCUGCUGAAUGUAGUGCUGGCAAGAUGCUGGCUGCAGGCACACCUGCCAGGGUUCAUUUUCAGGGGCCAUGUCUAUCCUUUCAUUUUGCUGUUUUGUUUUGUUUUUUUAUUUUGUUUUUUACAAGAAGGAAUAUGUGCUUCAGUUAGGCCCCCUGAGCCCGAGUUUGCCUGGACAUCAGUGCCUCAUUUUUUGGACUUCCUGCACACUGUUCUCCUGGGGAGAGAGAAGCUGGUAAGGGCAGUGCCUGGUCCUGGUUAGAAGAUGGCCAGCAGGCCCCCUCAGGGCUUCAUUAAACACCAGCACCUAGAGAGGAUGGGUGGUUCAUACAGGGCUGUGGCCAGGUCAGCCUGCUUUCUCCGUGUCCUGCUGAAGCCUGAAGCUGUGCCUAUGAAUGUGAUUUGAACAAGGGAGCCCUUCCGGACAGACCUGGAGCACCCACUGCUUUCCUGGUCUGGCCCCCGUUGUGGGAGAGGUGCCAGCUCCCCAGGGCUGAGCCGCUUUUCUAGGCUGCUUUCUUGUGGAGCACCAACCUGACAGCGCUUCAAGCACUCCUUCAGCCAGUGCUGCACACCACCUUUAAAUAGCUGACCCAGUGCCUACCUCCUGCCAAGCAAGCUCUUUGCUGUCACUCAAACUCCUGUGGCAUGCAGAGGCCACCCAUCCUUGAGCCUAGAAAAUGUGAAUCCAUCACCUGCAAACCUACUGGGCGAGUGGGCCUAUCCAAGCUCAGUUACAAGGAUACUUUUUCUGAAGUUGAUUAAAAAGCUUGGUUUUGGCCUGUGCUUCAUUACUUAAGGGACUCCUGAGGAACUCUUACAAAGAGAAGUGACCGCUGCUGGGGCGGGACUUGGCAUCCAUCUCAUGUUACAGGCCUAGCUCUAACACUAGGCUCCAUGCAGUCUUCCCAGGGAACCUUCAAUCCUGAAGAGGAGGGAAUGGGAGUGCUGCAGGGACAAUGGUGAGCUUGCUUCAGGCAGGCCAGUACCAUCCCCAAGGUCAGCUCUAGCCAUUGUACC